CAUUUAACUACGCCUGUGAUUAUUACGCAUGUAAGGAUCGAUUAUAUGUUCAGUCACUGACUCGAAUUAAACUUAAUUAGCGUAUUUAACUUCACAGAUAUUCACCCUGUUCAGAAAUUCUGAUACAAAUACAGUUGACAGAAAAGCAUGAAGCUGAAGCCAGACGACGAUCAUUGGCUCCGUCCUUUAAAGCGAGUGCCGUUGGAUCAGGCCUCGAGGGGGGCCUCCUCCUCCAGGACCUCGGCCCUACCUUCCCUGUUCAAACCCUCUCAGGCCGCCCCUGCAGACCGACGUACGAAGGAACUCUCCUUUACUGAUGUUUUAAGGAAGCAUAAGCUCUUACCCGAUUCCCAGUCUGGAGUGGGUGAAGCGAAGGUCAGGCCUAGCAACCCUCUGAGCACCACCAGACAGUCUGUUAGUACUGUAGGUUGGACCCAAGACAAGGUCCAGACAUCCAGACCAGAGGUGCACAAGCAAAGCAAACCUCAGCGCACCAUUAGGCGACAUCUUAGCCCUCUUGGCCAGAUACCUGACAAGGUCCAGACUUCCAAACCAGAGGUGAAAAAGGUUAGCAAACCUCAGCGCACCAUUAGGCGACAUCUUAGCCCUCUUCAGAUACAGGACGAAGUACAGCCUUCCAGGUCAGAUGUGGCAAAGGUAAGCAGACCUCAAUGCACCACUGGGCUGAUGCCGGACAAUAUUGAGCCCUCCAAACCCAAAGGGAGAAAGGUAAAGGCCAGCAAAGCUAUGUGUCCUGCCAUGCAUGAGUCCCAGUCUAUGAGUGAUGUCAACGGGGCUCCUCCCACCUCUCAACUGGUACUGGAGGAGCCAGGAGGUCUCAGCCACAACGUGUUUGUCAUGUCCAUGCCAGAGGCUGUUGGGCCAGUGGAGGCCGCCACAGGGACCAGAAGCCACCACAGGGACGUCACCAGGUCUACGGCCCCCAUCAAGACCGGACGCCUGCUGCCCAGAAGACCUCAGAUGAAUGCCCUCAUGGAACCCUUGUCACACAAACCACCAGUGGCCCCCCCGCCCAGAAUGUUCCCCACCAUAGCCCAGAACAACAUGUUCUUGGUAAAAGCCAAGAGCUCCAAAAACAAGCACAAGAAAGGAGCCGGGGGAAGCAGAUACCUGCCGAGGUCUAGCCUGGCUCAGAGGCGUGUUCCUCUGGACCAGGAGGUGGACAUGAUGACACAACCCAGGGUGAAGACGGCCUUUCCCUCCACGGAGUCUUACUAUCAUGUGUAAUUUCAAGGGCCGGCGCAGGAUCAUGCUGCCAAAAGACCAUUAACUCAGCC